AUGAAUGCUAAUGGUUUUUUCUUUUUCAAGUUUGCUGAUAAAGACGGGAUGACGAAUGUCCUGAAAGAAGGACCAUGGAUUAUUCGAGGUCAGCCUAUAUUUCUUAAUAUUUGGUCUCCCAUCUCGAAACUGGAAAAGAAGGUGGUUAAGAAAUUGCAACUAUGGGUCAAAAUCCAUGAUGUUCCGAUUGCUGCGUAUACUGAGGAUGGAUUGAGUAUGAUAGCUACGGCUAUUGGUGAUCCGAAGAUGUUGGACUCGUACACCUCGUCCAUGUGUAUGGAUACUUGGGGAAGGAGUAGCUAUGCUAGAGCGUUAGUAGAAAUCUCAGCUAAAAAUGAAUUAAAGGAGGAGAUAGUUAUAGCGGUUCCUGACCUUGAAGGUGAAGGUUUUGUCAAACAGAAACUGUAUGUGGAGUAUGAAUGGAGUCCUUAUAGGUGUGCUCAUUGUAAAGUGUUUGGGCAUUCUGAUGCUACAUGCCCGAGGCAGACUACGAGGGAUCCUAAGGAGCCGGUCAACAACCAGAAACAUUAUGAAGGGAAUAAUAGACAACAAGUGAAUCAGCCGGUAGUAGACAAGGAUGGGUUUAUGGAUGUGGUUCGCAAGAAAGCGACCAGGAAGGCAGGUUUUCCUUUAAACAAGCAGAAACAGAAGUUCGAGUAUAGGCCGAUUGGACCUAAACCUAAUGGGGGGACCAAUACAUCGGCUCAGCAAUCGAAUAUUUUAUCUAAGAACUCCUUCGGUGUUUUACGGGAUAAGGGUCUUCAUAUGGGUCAGACUAGUAGUGGGGCUCAUAAUGAUCAGCAAGACUCGGAUGAUGAGGAGGUCACAGAAGUAUACAAUGAAACAAAUAGAUUUAUGACCUCGUCUUCUGCGAGAGUAGGAGCAAGCACAUCUUCCUCAAAAUCACUUAAUGGAUAG